AGCCACAAUAGCCCUCCCUUCUCCUCCACCCCAGACGCCAUCUCCCACCGAGAGUCAUGGCCCCAUUGGCCCUGCGCCUCCUCGUCCUCGUCCCCAUCCUCCUCAGCCUGGCAGCCUCCCGGGACUGGAAGACUGAACGCAGCCAGGACCCCUUCGAGAAAUGCAUGCAGGAUCCUGACUAUGAGCAGCUGCUCAAGGUGGUGACCUGGGGGCUCAAUCGGACCUUGAAGCCCCAGAGGGUGAUUGUGGUCGGCGCUGGUGUGGCCGGGCUGGUGGCUGCCAAGGUGCUCAGCGAUGCCGGUCAUAAGGUCACCGUCCUGGAGGCAGAUAACAGGAUCGGAGGCCGCAUCUUCACCUACCGGGACCAGAACACGGGCUGGAUUGGGGAGCUGGGAGCCAUGCGCAUGCCUAGCUCUCACAGGAUCCUCCACAAGCUCUGCCAGCGCCUGGGGCUCAACCUGACCAAGUUCACCCAGUACGAUAAGAACACAUGGACGGAGGUGCACGAAGUGAAGCUGCGCAACUAUGUGGUGGAGAAGGUACCCGAGAAGCUGGGCUACGCCCUACGCCCCCAGGAAAAGGGCCAGUCGCCCGAAGACAUCUACCAGAUGGCUCUCAACCAGGCCCUCAAAGACCUCAAGGCACUGGGCUGCAGAAAGGCGAUGAAAAAGUUUGAAAGGCACACGCUCUUGGAAUACCUCCUCGGGGAAGGGAACCUGAGCCGGCCGGCCGUGCAGCUUCUGGGAGACGUGAUGUCCGAGGAUGGCUUCUUCUAUCUCAGCUUCGCCGAGGCCCUCCGGGCCCACAGCUGCCUCAGCGACAGACUCCAGUACAGCCGCAUCGUGGGUGGCUGGGACCUGCUGCCGCGCGCACUGCUGAGCUCGCUGUCCGGGCUUGUGCUGUUGAACGCGCCCGUCGUGGCGAUGACUCAGGGGCCGCACAAUGUGCACGUGCAGAUCGAUACCUCACCCCCGGAGCGGAAUCUGAAGGUGCUGAAGGCCGACAUGGUGCUGCUGACCGCGAGCGGACCCGCGGUGAAGCGCAUCACCUUCUCGCCGCCGCUACCCCGCCACAUGCAGGAGGCGCUGCGGAGGCUGCACUACGUGCCGGCCACCAAAGUGUUUCUAAGCUUCCGCAGGCCCUUCUGGCGCGAGGAGCACAUUGAAGGCGGCCACUCGAACACCGACCGCCCGUCGCGCAUGAUUUUCUACCCGCCGCCACGCGAGGGCGCGCUGCUGCUGGCCUCGUACACGUGGUCAGACGCGGCGGCCGCAUUCGCCGGCUUGAGCCGGGAAGAGACCCUGCGCUUGGCGCUCGACGAUGUGGCGGCAUUGCACGGGCCUCUUGUGCGUCAGCUCUGGGACGGCACCGGCGUCGUCAAGCGUUGGGCAGAGGACCCGCACAGCCAGGGUGGCUUCGUGGUACAGCCGCCGGCGCUGUGGCAAACCGAAAAGGAUUACUGGAGGGUCCCUUAUGGACGCAUCUACUUCGCCGGCGAGCACACCGCCUACCCGCACGGCUGGGUGGAGACAGCGGUAAAGUCGGCGCUGCGCGCCGCCAUCAAGAUCAACAGCCGGAAGGGGCCUGCAUCCGACACGGAGGGGCAGGGGCAUGUGCAUGGGGUGGCUGGCAGCCCCUUGCAUGACCUGGCAAAGGAAGAGGGCAGCCACCCUGCAGCCCAAGGCCAGUUAUCUCUCCAGCACACGACCAACACGAGGACCUUGUAUUAAAGUAUUUUCGGAAAAA